GAGAAAAAUAUCAAGCACGUCACUACAUCCAUCCCUCACACGCAGACCCCAGCCUCUCAAAUCCCUAAUUCUUUUCCCCCAAAUUGAAACCCUAAUAAAACCCUAAUAAAUUCUUCCAUAAAACCCUAAUAAUUAAAAAAAAUAUCAAUGGAUCAGCUUCACGAUCACGAAGAGGAUGAGCACGAGCACGAGGUGUACGGUGGAGAAAUCCCCGAUGAAGGAGAGAUGGAUGCCGAUGCUGACAUGUCGUCUAGAGCUGAAGAAGACGAGUACCAAGACCCUAACUCUAAGGAUUUAGAGGAUAUGAAGAGAAGGUUGAAAGAGAUCGAAGAAGAAGCUGGUGCACUACGCGAAAUGCAGGCUAAGGUUGAGAAAGAAAUGGGAGCUGUUCAAGAUUCUCCAGGUGCUUCUGCGACUCAAGCUGAAAAGGAGGAGGUGGAUUCACGAUCCAUUUAUGUUGGUAAUGUGGAUUAUUCUUGUACCCCUGAAGAAGUGCAGCAGCAUUUUCAAUCCUGUGGAACUGUGAACAGAGUGACAAUUUUGACUGACAAGUUUGGUCAACCAAAGGGGUUUGCUUAUGUUGAGUUUAUAGAGGUUGAUGCUGUUCAGAAUGCUGUCUUAUUAAAUGAAUCUGAACUUCAUGGCCGCCAGUUAAAGGUCUCCGCUAAGCGAACUAAUGUUCCUGGAAUGAAGCAAUAUCGAGGAAGGCGCCCAAGCCCUUAUGGGUUCAGGUCCCAGAGGGCAUUCAUGCCUGCUCCUUUCUAUCCUGCAUAUGGUUAUGGAAGAGUUCCAAGGUUCAGGAGACCUAUGCGGUACAGGCCAUACUAGGGAACAUGUAUUCUGUUAGUAGUGGCCAAGUAAUGUGAAGACAGUUGGUGACGACCAUAUCAGUAUUGUGGUUACUUGAGGAACAGAAAGACUAGUGUAUCAUCAUUUGCAUGGCAAAGGCUGGCCAGAUUUUUCUCAAUCAAUAGCUUGCAAGAGUUCUGGAUUCAUGUUCACUGAAUCCUACAUUUACUUGCCUUUGAUGGACAAAGGGUGCUAACCGCGCAAAAUGUUGUGGAAAUGAUUUUCAUGUACUUGUGACUCCAUCUACGGUUUGAGUUUCUCGGUGAGGUUGAGUUGAAACACUGGAGGAUUCAUAACUGACAUUUAUGCUUUUAUACUUUAUAACUCAAGUCGUUUGUUUUUCAAUUUAUAGAUGCCACGUUUUCCCCA